GCGGCAGUGUGGUGUUGCUGCACUGGUGCUGGGGGAGAGCACUAUGGAGCAGGCAGCUGGUGAGCCAUCUCCCUUUCUUGUGCGCAGUGACUGCCUCUAUACCAGCUGCUACUGUGAAGAAAAUGUUUGGAAGCUCUGCGAGUACAUCAGGGACCACAGACCUUGUCUUCUGGAACAGUUCUCCGCUGUCUUUAUAUCCAAUGAAAAUAAGAUGAUACCUAUUUGGAAACAGAAAUCUGCUAAAGGGGACGGGCCUGUAAUAUGGGAUUAUCAUGUUAUAUUGCUACAUGAGUCUGCAAGAGAUGGGAAUUUUGUUUAUGAUCUGGAUACCAUCCUUCCCUUUCCCAGCCCAUGUAACACCUAUAUAAGGGAAGCCCUCAAAUGUGACAGUAACAUCCACUGUGAUUUUAGAAGAAAGCUGCGUGUGGUAGGAGCGCAUGAAUUUCUGCAGACUUUUGCUUCUGAUCGCUCACAUAUGAGAGACUCGAGUAGUAACUGGACGAAGCCUCCUCCUCCAUAUCCAUGUAUACAAACUGCUGAAUCCACUAUGAACUUGGACGAUUUUAUCAGCAUGAACCCUGAAGUUGGAUGGGGCACAGUCUAUUCAUUGGCAGCUUUUAUAGAACGCUUUGGUGACACAACACUCGCAAGCCAUUGAAGCCUAUUGUGAAAACUGCAAUGCCCAUUGUGCCCGAGGAAGUAAGAAGCCAUUGUUCUUAAAGUUUCCAGUCCACAUGAUUAAUUCAUAUCUCUUAGUGUUCCAGGGCAGAGUUGCACUUGGGUAUUAAAUUCAGACAAAAAGGAAUUUAAUCCCCGUGUCUGCUGGAUUAAUCAUCUUUUGAUCACCUGAAGGCUCUGCUUUAUAUAAAACUAUUCUCACCAGCA